AUGGGUUUGGUAAAGAGAUUAGCAAGUAGGUUGGAAAGGCUUGGAGUGGAUCCUAAGCAACAAGAACAUUCUCUUCAAAAACCAAUUGAUACACCAAGUGGUUCCGAUUCAACUUACAAUAGACCGCCGGCCCAAAUACCUCCAACAAAACCACAGAAAGUGUUAGCACAACCAAUUGAUAAUGGAGUAAAUAUCUUUUCAGGUGCCAUUGCUGAAGGAGAUAUACCUCUGCUUUACCCCAAAAAGCAACAUGAUGUUAAGCCCAAGGGUUGUUCAUAUGGCCCAUCCGACAAACCUAUCCAAACAAAUAACUUCUAUAACAACUUAACGUUAGAAGACCAGAGUUUCCCCAUUUGGCCCCUCCCCUAUUCUAUGUGGUUAUCUAAGGAACCUGGUCAAGUCAAUGGGUUUGCACUAAACCAUACUGAUGCUGGUCAAAGAGUGUUUGGUCCAGAUCCCGGUUGUAACCCCGUUCAAUUCUACUUCAAUCCUCCAAGAAUAAAAUCUCUUGUCCUCUCAGGUGAAGGUAUAUGUGAAGAUACAGUUUUAGAAUUAUCUAAUCAUCAGAAAAUGUCUGUCACCGGUAAAAUGGCUGUUGGUUCGGGUUCUAUUGUAUUUCCUUUAGUACAAGGUAUGGGGUAUGUGACUGCCAUUUAUACUAAUUUGAAACCUAUUAUUUCAUCUCAGGUUGGGAUUAAGGAAUUUAGUAAAUGUAUUGAAUUGAAUAAUAGCACCAAAAAAUACAUUGCUCGGUUAUUUAACGAUGUUGUUUGGAGUGUUUAUGUAAUUGGUGAUAGCACUCAACUUGUUUUACAAGACCCUAACACAAUUGUUGGUGACUCCAAUCAGUCUUGUACCAUUCAGGUAUGUAAAGGAGAUUCGCCUUAUUAUGAUUCGAGUGCUGGGAUGUACCAAACAUCAGUAAAAUUGAUUGGUCAGGUUGAUGGACAAAAGGGUACAUAUUCCUUUGCUUAUGAAACACAAGGAAACUCACAAUCAGGUAAAGGUAUGGUUUGGUGUUUACCACAUCAGCAUGAAGUUCUUGAUCAACAAUCAAACCAAUGCAAAACUGAUCUUGUUUUAGAUUCUCCUACUAAAGGGGUGAUGAAAGCUUUCCAAACAAAUAGUUUAACGAUGAUUGAAUCAGAAUUACCUGUUGAUAUUAAUUGGCUACCUUGGUCGGUCUCUUCCAAAUCUGAGCCAUGUUAUUCUGACUCUGAAAAGGAAAUGAUUCGCAACGCUGCAAGGGCAGAAUCUCAACAAGAUAUUGUUGCAAUGGCCAACAUUGAUUCAAUGUACACCUCAGGAAAAAUCUUGGACAAAUUUGCUUACAUAUUGUAUGUUUGCAAUGAUAUCCUUCAGGAUAAUGAACUCACUGGAAAUUUGCUUCCUCGAAUCAAAGAAGCAAUAAACAUAUUUGCUUCAAACAAGCAAAAGUUCCCGUUGGUUUACGACUCUACUUGGAAAGGUCUUAUUUCGUCUGCUGAUCCAGGAGCUGACUUUGGAAAUUCAAAUUAUAACGAUCAUCAUUUCCAUUAUGGUUAUCAUAUCCAUGCAAUUGCUCUAGUUGCACAUGUCGAUCCUUCAAUACUUACAGAGAAUAACUGUCUUGUGAGAGAUUAUGCAAUUACAUUGUUGCGUGAUGUAGCAACACCUAAUUCGAACGAUAAGUUGUUUCCAGAAUCUCGGUCAUUUGAUUGGUUUCAUGGCCAUUCAUUUGCUCAUGGAAUCUUUGCUUCUGGUGAUGGGAAAGAUGAGGAAUCUUCAUCAGAAGAUUACCACUUCGCUUAUGGAAUGAAAUUAUUUGCCAAAGUAAUUGGUGAUCGUAACAUGGAAGCUCGUGCUAAUUUGAUGCUUUCGGUAAUGAGGCGAGCUAUGAACAAGUAUAUGUUAUUCCUGGACGAUAACAAUGAUCAGCCUGCUAAUUUUAUCGGUAAUAAAGUAGCUGGUAUAUCUUUUGAAAAUAAGAUUGACUUUUCAACUUAUUUUGGUCGAGGAAGUAUUGCUAACGAAUGGAUUCAUGGGAUUCAUAUGUUGCCUAUUACACCAAUAUCUUCUUAUAUAAGAAGUCCUAGAUUUGUUCAAGAAGAAUGGGAAAGACAUUUGCAGCCAAUUAUCGAUAGCAUACCUGAUGGCUGGAAGGGGAUUCUUAUGCUUAACUUAGCCUUGUAUGAUCCCAAAAGGUCAUAUCAAUGGUUUGCGCGUUCUGAUUGGCAAGAUAAUUUGAUUGAUAACGGUAUGUCUAGAACAUGGAGUUUGGCUUUCACAGGUGGUAUUGGUGGAUCUAAAUAG